AUGGCAACAGCAAAAACUGUGAAGGACGUGUCUCCUCAUGAGUUCGUCAAGGCUUACUCUGCUCACCUCAAAAGAUCUGGCAAGAUUGAGUUGCCACCAUGGACUGAUAUUGUGAAGACUGGUACAUUUAAGGAGCUCGCCCCAUAUGAUCCUGACUGGUACUAUGUUAGAGCUGCCUCCAUGGCAAGGAAGAUUUACUUGAGGGGAGGCCUUGGUGUGGGUGCUUUCCGUAGGAUUUAUGGUGGGAGCAAGAGGAAUGGAAGUCGUCCACCUCAUUUCUGCAAGAGCAGUGGUUCUGUGGCUCGCCACGUUCUUCAACAAUUGCAGAACAUGAACAUUAUUGACAUUGAUCCUAAGGGCGGGAGGAGAAUCACUUCAAGCGGUCAACGGGAUCUUGACCAAGUUGCUGGACGCAUUGUGGUGAAUGUGAUCAGAGGGUUACAGAAAAGCACCUUACUAGUUUUCAAUUGUCCUGGGACUGGGACAAGGGCUGGUGCUUCUGGACGAUUCGUUCCGUUUCAGAAGUUUGGUUUACUCGAGGCCUCAAUUUUUGUCUUAAACAAAGGGUCGCUAGAAUUUGGGUGGCUGUUACUGGAGAAAUAG